AAUCCAUCACCGCCUAUCGUGAAAUGAAUUCCCACUUGAAGUGGGCCGAACCAGUCGUGCGUGUCCAAUCCCUCUCAGAAAGUGGCGCCACUCUUCUACCCCCACGAUACAUCAAACCCCCCGACCAACGCCCCACCGCUAUCAAUCAUAAUGAUGACUUCAACAUCCCAAUAAUCGACCUUAGCCCCACAAGCGACGCCAAAGCGAUCGCCACAGCAGUCUCGGCUGCCUGCAAGGAGUGGGGCGUUUUCCAGGCGGUAAACCAUGGAGUAAGCCCAGAUCUCCUGCACCGCGCUCGGAAACUAUGGCGUGCAUUCUUCCACCUCCCUAUGAAGUCCAAGGAAGCCUACGCUAACUCCCCGAAGACAUACGAAGGAUACGGUAGCCGAGUCGGGAUAGAGAAAGAUGCCAUCCUCGAUUGGGGGGACUACUUCUACCUCCACUACUUCCCUUUGUGUCUCAAAAACCAUGAUAAAUGGCUUGCCCUGCCUUCUUCGUUGAGGGAGAUGGUGGAUGAGUACGGG